UCAUGGAACCAUACCCCACAACAGAUCGCUGAUCUUACGGAAGAAUUGAUAGAAACAACAAAAGCAUUCAAUGAUCACAUCGCUUCUUUAAGUAGUAAUUUAACUGUAGAGGGAGUCUUGCUUCCGUAUAUCGAUUUUGAAAACGAGAGCCAGCUACUCAUCAAUCAAUUGUUCUUCUACCAGUACGUUUCCAGUGAUAAGGAUAUCAGGGAUGCCUCUACUGCUGCCGAAGAACUCUUUCUGGAGAAGAUGAUUGAGCAGUCAUUGAGAACUGAUGUCUACGAGGUAUUUAAAAAACUACAAGAAAAAGUAGAUUCUGGAAUGUUGUCUAUUGCUAGCAAAGAACACCAAUUGUUCUUGAGCAAAACCAUGCUUGGGUUUAGAAAAAACGGAUUACAUUUACCAGAGGACCAGAGACAAGUGGUCAAGUCGUAUCUCCUGAAAUUGAAAGAGCUCUGUAUACAUUUUUCCAAGAAUGCCAACGAAGAAAAUGGGUACAUUCUUUUCAGCAAAGAAGAGCUUGAAGGUGUCCCUAAACUGACGGUAGAUUCAUUCGAGCAAGUAGACAAGGAUGGCGUUCAAUUGUAUAAGAUGACAUUCAAGUAUCCAGACAUUUUUCCCGUUCUGGGAUUUGCUAAUAAUGAAACGACAAGAAAAACAGUAUAUCUAGGCAAUGGUGACAAAUGCAAGGCAAACAAUGUAAUAUUGGAGGAAAUAAUAGCGUUGAGAUAUAAGCUCGCAAAGCUUCUUGGGUUCAACAGUUUUUCAGACUACGUUCUUGAUGAGACUUUGGCUCAGAACGUAACUACUGCUGUAUCAUUUUUGACGGAUUUGAGAAGAAAAUUAACUCCAUUGGCUCAAAUAGAACUUGAGAAACUUUCUGAGUUCAAGGGUGCAGAAGUAUUCAAGUGGGACUUCAAAUACCUCGAGAACAAGAUGUUAUCGAAACAAUACCAGGUCAACGAGACAGAAAUAGCCGAAUACUUCCCCAUGGAAUCAACCAUAGAGAAGAUGCUUGCUAUUUAUGAGAAGCUCUUUGAUUUGGAGUUCCAACCGGUUCUAACCAAUACCUCGGUCUGGCAUGAGGAUGUCAGACAGUAUUUGGUGUUGAUUGGUGAAGGUUCAAACAAAAAGUUUCUUGGUGUCAUUUAUUUUGAUUUGCAUCCAAGAGAGGGCAAGUAUGGUCAUGCUGCCAACUUUGGAAUUGCUCCAGGGUACGCAAAGAGAGAUGGAAAAUCUCGUGCUUAUCCGAUCACUGCUUUAGUUUGCAACUUUAGCAAGAAAACGGAAUCAAAGCCUUCUCUUCUUAAGCAUUACGAAGUGAAGACUUUCUUCCAUGAGUUAGGACAUGGUAUUCAUGAUCUUUUGGGCAGGACAGAGGUGGCUCGGUUCCAUGGAACAAAUGUACCACGGGACUUUGUAGAGACGCCUUCGCAGUCGUUUGAGUUCUGGACGUGGGAAAAGUCGAUAUUGAAGAACUUAUCGUCUCAUUAUCUUACCAACGAGUCAUUGAGUGAUACGUUGAUCGACAACCUAGUAUCUACAAAGCAUGUCAACGGAGCAUUGCAUGCUUUAAGACAGUUGCAUUUCGGACUCUUUGAUCUUGCUGUUCAUCAACUUGAAGACGAUGAGAGCCUCGAGCUAUUGAAUAUCAGCCGGUUAUGGAACAACUUGAGCAAUGAAGUUUCUUUGAUUUCACUGGGUAAUUACACAGUUGAUUCGUACGGGUCUUUUGGACAUAUUGCCGGAGGUUACGAAUCAGGAUACUACAGCUACUUCUUCAGCGAAGUGUUUGGUGAUGAUAUUUAUUACACAUUGUUCAAAGACGAUCCCAUGAGUGUAGAAAAUGGAAGAAAGUAUAGAGAUAUCGUUUUAUCUAAGGGAAAUUCAGAGGAUAUAAUGGACAACUUGAAGUUGUUGCUAGGAAGAGAACCUACCUCAGAUGCUUUCUUAAAGGAAUAUGGAUUGGACAAGUGA